AGUUCUAAGUUAUAUUAGCAGAGCUUUAAUAUAUAAGAAAAAUAUCAAAUGUUUAUACAUACCAAUCAUUUUUAAACAAUAAGUAUUUAGUGGAAAUGCUAAAAUUUACAAUAUGUAAUAACAUAAACGAAAAUAGUAGUCCGUGACUACCGCGCACUAAUUAGAAUAAUCUAAAUUCAAUAUGGAGUUGUGUAUUGUGGAAUAUUUUAGAGACAAUUUUUAAUAAUCAGUUUGAAUUCAGUCAAUAAAUAUUUUACUAGUGUUGGUUUAACAUUUAAAAUCCUAUUUAUAUUUUGAUGUUCGCAGCGCUUCUGUCGCGAAUCUAUUACUAAUGGGUCAUCUUUUCUGAAAUAAACAUUCAAAAUAUUUCAUUUAAGAGUAGUCUAGGCCUAGCCUAGUAAAACCAGAAAGUGAGAAAGAGAACCCGAGGCGACAUGGAGACGAUUCGACACCACACAGAUCUAUAUCUAGAUUCUAUUCUAGAUCUAUAAAAAGAAAGCUAAACUGAAUUAUCGUAUUUUUAAAAAUACUAUGCAUCUUGCCUCCUUUUAUUGGAGUGUUGGUUUUCUAGUGAGUGACAUUUUUUUACAACUGUGGAAUUCCAAAGCAAGCCUUUCUGGGGCUAAACAUGAAUGAUUCAAUAAUCAGCCCAAGAAAAGACCCGCCUGCUAACCAGAAUCCAGGAUCCUACUGGAACAAUACUGGUACUACAGAUAAAAUGGAUAAAUACGAAAAAAUAAACAAAAUUGGUGAAGGAUCAUAUGGAGUGGUUUUUAAGUGUCGUAACAGAGAGACCUCACAACUUGUGGCAAUAAAAAAAUUUGUUGAGUCAGAAGAGGACCCUUUAAUAAAGAAAAUUGCAAUGAGGGAAAUAAGAAUGUUAAAGCAAUUAAAACACCCCAAUUUAGUCAACCUGAUUGAAGUUUUUAGGCGGAGGAAACGACUUCACCUGGUCUUUGAGUAUGUUGACCACACAGUUCUCAAUGAGCUGGACAGAUACCCCAGGGGGGUUCCAGAGAAAAUGGUGCAGAGGAUUAUCUACCAAACAUUGCUAGCUGUUAAUUUCUGUCAUCAACACAAUACAAUACACAGGGAUGUCAAGCCUGAAAAUAUAUUGAUCACCCGACAAGGGCAAGUUAAGUUGUGUGAUUUUGGAUUUGCUCGGGUGCUUACUGGCCCGGGCGGUGAAUACACAGACUAUGUGGCCACUAGAUGGUACCGUUCUCCUGAGCUUCUAGUUGGGGACACACAGUACGGCCCUCCAGUGGAUGUCUGGGCCAUUGGCUGCGUCUUUGCUGAGCUUCUCACUGGCCAGGCCAUAUGGCCCGGUCGAUCAGAUGUUGAUCAACUCUACCUCAUUCGUAAAACUUUAGGUGAUCUGAUACCCAGACAUUUAGAAAUAUUUUCUAACAACACAUUUUUCAAGGGGAUGACUAUUCCUGAACCUGAUAGACUGGAACCUUUGGAAGAAAGGUACCCUCAGAUGAGUCAAAAUGCAAUGAGUUUUUUACAGAACUGUGUGCGCAUGGAUCCCAAUGAGCGCUGGAGCUGUAGCCAGUUGAUCCAGCACAACUACAUGGAUGUCAACAGGGAGUCUGGGCUGGAGUUUGCCAAGAGUAAACCAGAGGCUGGCAUGAGGAGAAGUCAGAACAAAUCUCGCACCAGCAACUACCCAGCUCCAUUUCAGCCCCUCCCAUCCCUGGCCCCUCCCGCUUUCCCCUCAACAUCACCAGUCCCCCCUUUCAAGAACCCAGUAGCCCCCAACUACAGGAACAAGCCACCCCGGUUUGACCACCUCCCCAACAUCUGACUCUUCGGCCAAGGGGUUCAACGUUAUGAUGGAAGCUAAGCUGAACUUUCUCAUGGUGUCUCACAAAUCAUGGUGUCACACACAUCAUGGUGUCUCACACAUCAUAACAUUCCCUGGAGGCCAAUUUUCAUUCAUCUUUUUAAAUGUCUGCUUCUUUUUUGUGUGGGUCCCGCUUCUAACACAGACCUAACACAUGCAUUGAACUGCUUGUCUGUACUCAUCUGUGAAAAUGAUUUGAUUUUCUUGUAGAAAAGCUUUUAACAUUUCUUUAAUUUGCUGUAACUUUUGUUUCCUUAGUUCUUUUAGCCUUAUUAUACUUGUCAACAAAAGAAUUAUUGCUUAUGAAAUUCUUAAUGACUGUAAGAUACAUCACUAAUAAUUGUACUUGUAUGUUCAAUCAGAGUUAUCUUUUACUCAUGAAACAAUCAUUCAACCAGCAGCUAGUUUGUCUGUAGCUGCGUGUCCGUGUGUUGAGGAAUGUCAAAGAAAUGCUCAGGUUUUAUGUGCUAUUAAUAGCUCCCACCAUCUGUCUCACAUAGGAACUUUAUUUCCUAUCCAUGUUUUAUUUUCUACCUUGAUGUGCUUGUAGAGCAAGUGUUUUAUUACCCAGAUAUUUCCUAUCCAGUUUUUGCCAAGGUUUCUUUUCUUUUAUCUAGUUGCUCUAUUAGUAUCAAACUUUUACUAGGGUGAAUGUAUACAAAUUUUAAAAAUUUGUUUCAUUAUUGUGAAUUUAAGCUUUAAAGCCCUAUUUUGAAAUGCCAAAAAUGAGCUGUUUUGAAGGAGAAGAAGAUAUCCUUUCUAUCACCGGAGAACAUUAGACAAUCUAGUAUCAAGACGGCCAUGUGUUGCCGUUUAGAUUAACAAGCAAUACAAACUUACCAAAGACAAAUUUUAUUCUUACUAUAAAUAAGGCUUUAAAUAGUUACACAAUCAUGGUAGAUGCGUCAUAUAUUCUUUGUUGUUUUUAAAAGGGCAUGUAAAUUUUGGAUUCUGCAUUUCUAAAAUGUCAGAUACACCUGUGUAAGAUAGCUUGUGUUUUUAAAAAUUUAAUGUCUUGACAAAUUUGAUGUAAAAAUUUGACUUUAAAUUAAUGUAGAUUUCAAAUGCUAUCCAGGAAAAACUUAUAUCUGUGAAAUUUGUGUUUUUCAUAAAAAGUGUCUUGAUUAAAAACUAGACUUUACCUGUACAACAUAGCUUUCUUAUCAUAUUUGAAUACUGAAAAUUAAAGAUUCUAAAGUAAUUUUUUAAUCAAUCAAGUAAGGACAGGCUAAACUCCACUGUUGCUGGUUCUCUUUCUAAUGUUGUAACAUGUAAAUAUCACUUACACUGAGGGUGGUUACACUGUUGUAAGAAAUGGAGCCUGGUAAAAUGAAUGAUUGCAACAAGUGUUUCAUUCAUUAAAGCAUUUAUUUGUUUUUUGCCUAAUGAGCCAUUUUUGGUAAUUAAUUCAGGUAAUAAUUUUUUUAAUGUGUUGUCACCUAAUGUCUCAUUUGAUUGUAAUGGCAUUUUAGCUUUUAAUAGCGUACAUUUGGAUUGUAGGUUGAGAACAGAAAAGGCUUUAAAAACUGGGUAAUCUCUAACCCAGGAGGUUACAGACAUCAACAGAUAUUUUCACAGAGAGCCUUGUUCACAGAAAUGUGGCAGUGCUCUGUCCUGUUCCAUCUGAGCUUUGGUUAAAAUAUGAGUUGGUGUCUCUGCUUUAGAGCGAGAUUAAGUUUGUAGUUGGCUUCAUUUUUUUUAUUUUGUUCAACACUGAAAAAUGUGGGUAAACAGUCAACAAAUUUUAGGGGUAGGUCCUAGAACCAGAACUUUGAUGUUCAUUUGAGUGAAAAAUAAAUUUUAUUUUAAACAACUUGGUACAAUUUUCACAGCAUUGUACCAUUUUAAUAUUAAAGUUUAUUUGGCUAACCAUUUUAAUAUUAAAGUUUAUUUGGCUUACCAUUUUAAUAUUAUUGUUUAUUUGGCUUAUCAUUUUAAUAUUAAUGUUUGUUUGGCUUCUUUAUGUACUUUCCAGGCAGAACGUUAGGCUUUUAUAAAACUUUAAUUUUGAAAACUUUAUUUUAAAAAUCAUUUUUAAACCCAGUCAAAACAAUUUGUUUUUUGUUUAAUUAGCUAUUUUAAUUAGGGAUUGGGUAACUAACCAACUUUUUUUGCUUACUAAAUGAACGGGUAAAUAUAAUUCCAUUUAUUGUUUGAAAAGACAACUUCACUUACAAAACUUGUAUGAACUGUUUACCAUCUUGCUGUGAUUGUUUCAUGUCAAGAUUCAAUCCAAUUUUUUAAUUUCUUUUAAGUGUGUUGAUUUGCACUAACAGCUUUGGCAGAGACCUACCAUCAGUCAUUUUAUGUUAUUUCCUCAUCACUUCCAUACUUUAGCACAGUUUCUUCCCCUUCUUCAGGUUUAAAUGCUUUUUCUAGAUGUGUUUUGUUUUAGUGGCUUCAAUUAAAAGAUGCAGCAUUUUUAAUCUACUCAUUAAGCAAAGUUGAACCCCAUAACACCUGCAGCAAAGCCAAAGUGAAAUUUAUUUUUAUUAUGGGGAAAUACGAUGAAACAAAUUACUACCUCCAGUGGCAAAUAAAAAGAAAUCAUUUUAUCUUAGUGGUUUCAAUAAUAAAACAUAGCUUUGUGUGUAUUUUUCAGCUCACAGUAAUGCCUGAUUAGUUUAUAGGGUUUGAACUUUGCAUCAUGAAAAUUGGCCUCCAUGUCCUCAGAAAGUCAUUCAUUUGUAAAUAAUUUUAAAAGCUGUAGUUUCAAUAGACUUGACCCAGCCUUUUCUAGAAGUUAGCUUAAAAAACUUAGAUGUCAUCUGCAGAUUGUGUAGAUAUUUGAUUGAUGUUUCAAGCCACAUCUUCACUUUCUUUACCUGUCCGAUACAAUAAAAUUAAUUGUAUAUUGACUGUAGUUUUCAAAGUGUUUUAAAAACUUUUUCCAUUUUCGUAAUUCUAAACACAUGCAUCUAUCAAUUUGCGACUUAAUUAAUUUAAAAACCUGUUGAUAUUCCCACAUGUAAUUCCCAAACAUAUCUCAUUAAAAAAUUAAUCAACUUUCAUAGCCAAUGGUUUAGCUUUAAACUAAUUAAGUCAGACAAGGUUUUGGACAAGGCUGUUGGUGCACAUCUUCAUAUCUUAAUUGUACUCUGGUUUUCUCAACUCAAAUUCAUCGGACAAUUUUCUAAAAUAUUUUUUCCAACUUUUUGUAUUCAUUCAAUCAUAACCUUUGAACCUUUCUGUUGUAGAGUUUUGUACUAGUCAGCACACUUUAUACCAUUAUUUUAUCUCCAACCAUUCAUACCUGUUUAUAUAUUAUCUCACAUAUUCUUACACUAUUGAGCUUUAGAGGCAACAAAUUUCCUCUUGAUAAGCCCAGUUAGUUUCAUUGUCUGUAUUACUGUAAAUAAAAUUCAGAUUGAAAAAAAAAUGUUCUAAAAACCAAACAAAAACUUUAAAAUUGUUUGUGUAUAUCUUUAUCAAAUUAGUUAUGUGUUUGUGCAUAUCUUUGUCAAAUUAGUGAUGUGUUUGUGCAUCUGUUAUUGGAAUCCCUCCAUCUUGGUUUUUUAAACAGUGCAUAUUCCUCGGUCAGCGAUUUCAGUUUUUAUUGAAUUUUAUCACUUUCAUUUAUCCAAAUGUAAAUCAGUUUAUAUUUAGUUUUAUGACUGUCAUUUAUCCAAAUGUAAAUCAGUUUAUAUUUAGUUUAAUGACCGUCAUUUAUCCAAAUGUAACUCAGUUUACAUUUAGUUUUAUAUUUCUAAUGAGUUUUAUGGCUGUUGAUUGUAUUGAGUUCUACUACUGUCAUUAAUAUUGAGUUGAACGACCUUUAUAUUCAGCUGUAAGCCUGUCAGUUCUGUCAAGUUUUGUUUACUUGUAAUAGUUGAAGCUGUAAGUUUUGUUUACUUGUAAUAGUUGAAGCUGUAAGUUUUGUUUACUUGUAAAAGUUGAAGCUGUAAGUUUUGUUUACUUGUAAUAGUUGAAGCUGUAAGUUUUGUUUACUUGUAAAAGUUGAAGCCUUGCUACAGCAGCUCAGGAAAAAAUGUUUGUGUAAAUGGAAUCAAGUCAGACUGUACAAGUUUAGAAAUAUACCUUUAUGCAUACUGUUCUUUUUCAACUGACAAAUGAUACAUAUCAUGUGUAGUAUACAAUGUAUAAACCCAUGUGAUAUUUUCUGUCAAGCGCUAAUUUUUUUCCCGUCCGCUAAUUAUUUUCCCGUCCAAUUUUCAAAAGAAAAGUGAUAUGUAUGGUUUUCUAAUGUAAUUGCAUUUUAAUUACUAUUGUACUUCUGUUUGCUACAUGUUAUUUCAAGCCAGCUGUCUGUAGUUUUUUAUAUCAGUAAAUUUGAAAUAUGGUUUCAGUUUGAAUUAACUUGACAUUUUGAAUGACAACCAUGGAUGACAUGAGCAGACAGGAAUAUCUUCUUUAACUUAUGAAGAAAAAAUUUUAAGCAUUUUCUUCAUAUUUUAAAUUUAAAAUAAUUUUAAUGUCUUUUUUGUUGCUAAAUUUUUGACUCUCAACCCUAUCAAAGAAUACUAAACUGUGAAUAUCUGGAUAAAUGGCUGAACUUCAUACAGGAGCUGUUAUAAAUGUGAUUUCUGCUAACUUUAUUUUAUUGCAGGUUCAAUUAAUGUAUUUAAUGUGAAUUUGUUUUAAUUCAUUAUGAAUGAUAUUUUGUCUCAAUUCACGUCUCCUGGAGUUUUUUUAUUUUACCCUCAAAAUUAAAAAAAAAAGUGUUUUUAUAUUUAUUUGAUUUAACAUUCAUAUUAUUUAUAUAUAUUCAUAAGCAUAUAUUUGAUUAUGUGAAGUCAAAUAAACCAUGACAAAAUAAUAUAUUUUUCCUUUUACACAAUUUUAUGUUCAAAGGUGUAAAAAUAAUAGGGUACAUAUUAUAAAAAUAUAUUAAUUUUGCCAAACAACCUUUUUAAACAAAAUCAAAACAAAUCUUUAAACAUAAACUUUGUAUUUAAUUUUGAAACUAUUUUUUAAAUUGUGCAACACAAACAGCUAGUAAAUACAAAAUUAUUACUGAUCCGAUAUUUCUAAACUUCAAAAUUUUGUAAUGCUUAAAAAGCAUAAAUUCUACCCUAACAAUGAGACUACUGUAAUAUUUUUUUGUUAACACCAUUUGUUUCGUCAUCCAUUCCUUGAUUUAACAUGCUCUACCACUGACUCAUCAUAAGUGCAAACAUUUUCCCCCUUGCAUAACAUGACAUUUUUAUUUGACAAAGAAUUUAUUGUUAAUAAAAUUAUAUAUUAGUUGUUUUUAUUUUUUAAUCAAAGUGUAAUUAGUAAAUAAAUGUUGAAAUAAUU